AUGAGUUCACCAUGGCCUUUCAUCGCCUGGGGCAUGGAUGUUAUUAGACCCAUUGAACCCGCAGCCUCGAAUGGCCACCGAUUCAUUUUGGUUGCCAUUGACAAUUUCACCAAGUGGUUGAAGGCAACAUCCCACAAAUCAGUAACAAAGAAAGUAGUGGCAGAAUUUGUGCGAAACCACAUCAUAUGCAGAUUCGGUAUACCAGAGUCCAUCAUAAUAGAUAAUGGAGCGAAUCUGAAUAGCCACCUAAUGAAGGAUAUCUAUGAACAAUUCAAGAUCACCCAUCGAAACUCAACAGCUUACCGGCCGCAAAUGAACGGAGCCGUAGAAGCAGCCAUCAAAAAUAUCAAGAGGAUAUUGAGGAAGAUGACUGAUAAUCAUAAGGGUUGGCAUGAGCAGUUGCCUUAUGCCUUACGGGGAUACCGUACCACGGUCAGGACUUCAACAGGAGCGACGCCAUAUUUGUUGGUCUACGGGAUUGAAGCAGUCAUACCCGUUGAAGUUGAGAUACCUUCCCUGAGAAUCAUUCAGGAAGUGGAAUUGGACAAUGUUGAAUGGGUCCGAGCUCGUCAUGAGCAAUUAGCUUUGAUUGAUGAGAAAAGAAUGGUUGCCAUCUGUCACGGUCAAUUAUACCGGCAAAGGAUAGCAAGAGCCUUCAACAAACGAGUCAGAACCAGACUUUUUCAUAUCAGGCAAUUGGUGCUCAAAAGAAUUUUUCCACAUCAAGACGAAUAUAAAGGGAAGUUUGCUCCCACCUGGCAAGGGCCUUACGUAAUCCGCAAAGUACUCUCUGGGAGAGCGGUAGUAUUGGCAGAAAUAGACGGCUAA